UGGCUAACGUUUGUGUUUCAUUCCUUGCUUCCUUCGUUGCGCUAACAGCCCACUGCUUUUUCCACGGAAGAGAUGCAGCGGGAAUAUGCCAAGGAUGGGGUCACGUUUGUCCUUAUUUUGCUCACUGCGAUUAUAUUUGCAACGUCGGCGAUCCACCCAAAGCUUUACACCAACCACUUCUUGGUUGAGUUGCACCGAGGCGGAGACGAUAUAGCCCGGCGAGUUGCUGCAGAUACCGGCUUUACUGCUGUGAGAAAGCUUCCAUUUGCUGAAGGACUCUAUCACUUCACUCAUAGUGGCAUCCCUAAGGCCAGAAAAAGACGCAGUCUUCAUCACAAGUAUUAUCUGGAAAGAGACACAAGGGUAAAACAUGUCAUACAGCAAGAAGGUUUUAACAGAAAGAAGCGAGGAUAUCGUAGCAUCCAUGAAAUUGGUAUCACGAUGAAUGAUCCUUUGUUUUCAAAACAAUGGUAUCUUGUCAACACUGGCCAAAUAGAUGGAACUCCUGGGUUAGACCUUAACGUAGCUGAGGCUUGGAAAAUGGGUUAUACUGGGAAAGGAGUAACCAUAGCAAUCAUGGAUGAUGGGAUUGACUACUUGCACCCAGAUCUUGCAGAAAAUUAUAAUGCAGAUGCUAGCUAUGACUUCAGCAGCAAUGAUCCCUAUCCAUACCCUCGCUAUACAAAGGAUUGGUUUAACAGCCAUGGGACGAGAUGUGCUGGAGAAGUAUCGGCUGCAGCCAAUAACAAUAUAUGUGGUGUUGGGGUGGCUUACUCCUCAAAAGUGGCAGGCAUUCGUAUGCUGGACCAACCAUUCAUGACGGACAUUAUAGAAGCUUCUUCUAUCAGUCACAUGCCUCAAGUUAUAGACAUCUAUAGUGCUAGUUGGGGGCCAACUGAUGAUGGCAAAACUGUAGAUGGACCUCGUGAGCUGACUUUGCAAGCUAUGGCGGAUGGUGUUAAUAAGGGUCGGAAUGGAAAGGGAAGCAUUUACGUCUGGGCUUCGGGUGAUGGGGGCAGUUACGAUGACUGCAAUUGUGAUGGCUAUGCAUCAAGCAUGUGGACCAUUUCCAUCAACUCUGCUAUCAAUGAUGGGAGGACAGCACUUUAUGAUGAAAGCUGCUCCUCAACCCUUGCAUCUACAUUCAGCAAUGGCAGGAAGAGGAACCCCGAGGCCGGUGUGGCAACGACUGAUCUGUAUGGGAACUGUACUCUUCGCCAUUCUGGAACAUCUGCCGCAGCACCAGAAGCCGCUGCUGUCUUUGCUUUGGGUUUGGAAGCUAAUCCGAAUCUAACGUGGCGAGACAUGCAACAUCUGACUGUGCUGACGUCCAAGCGCAAUCAGCUGCACGAUGAUGUCCAUAAAUGGAGAAGAAAUGGUGUGGGUCUAGAGUUCAAUCACCUCUUUGGUUAUGGUGUUCUUGAUGCUGGAGCUAUGGUGAAAAUGGCCAAAGACUGGAAAACAGUUCCUGAAAGGUUCCACUGUAUUGGAGGAUCGAUUCAAGAACCUCAGACGAUCUCAUCAGAAGACAAGCUGAUCCUUACAAUAUCAACCGAUGCGUGUGAAGGGAGGGGUAAUUUUGUCCGCUAUCUAGAACAUGUUCAAGCUGUGAUAACUGUAAAUGCCACUAGGAGAGGAGCCCUGAACAUUAACAUGACUUCGCCCAUGGGCACAAAAUCCAUUCUGCUCAGUCAAAGGCCAAGGGAUGAUGACUCCAAGGUGGGUUUUGAUAAGUGGCCUUUCAUGACAACACACACUUGGGGAGAAGAUCCCAGAGGAACUUGGGUCCUAGAACUUGGCUUUGUUGGUGACACUGUGCAGAAAGGUGUGCUCAAGGAAUGGACCCUGAUGUUACAUGGGACUCAAAGUGCUCCUUACAUAGACCAAAUAGUGAAUGAUUACCAGUCCAAACUGGCCAUGUCUAAGAAGGAGGAGUUGGAGGAAGAAUUAAAUGAAGCAGUGGAGAGAAGCUUGAAGAAUCUGCUGAAGAAAAACUACCCUCAGUAA